CACGCGGCUGCAGCCACGACGGCGACACAGUGGAGGAUUUCGUCUCCGACACCAGCAGCCAGCCGGACACAAGCCUCGACGACGGAUCAGAAUCCGAGCAUGACGAUGACCUGACCUACAUUAUUUCGCGCGAGCACAUUUCGCAAGCGGACUACAUUGGCUGCACGGCAGCGAUCGGCCUGCAGAUCGUGACGCGAAAGAUCCAGCGAGCGGCGGGCAAGUUGAGGACGAUGCCGCCAGCCCCCCCUGUGCCUGGCACCACUGACACUGACACCGGUGAUUGCCCGGCACCAGAACCUGCAGACACGGCCUGGCUGCGCGGGAUGGUGGCCGACAUCCGCGAGGCCGUAAGACUCGGCGACAGGACGGAGGUCAACGCCGAGCGCAGGUGGCUGGCGGAGUGGCGCCGCGAGCUGCAAGCCGUGGCGGACAGAGCCGACCGCGUGCUGCUUGCGUCGCCGUCAUCUCUGGCAUCGCUGGGUGCUGGAGGAGACGAUGAGGUGGCGAGGAUGGUGCGGAGUUUGGAAACAGCGGCAGCACACCUGAGGGCCUACGUCACGCUGCUCAGGUUUGCUGUCGUGGUUGUUGAAAGUAGAUAGGAUUUUACUAGUUUCGUAUAAUAAAAAAACCGUAAGCAUACGUCCGCAACCGCACCACAAACACUAAACAUGGGUUGUCUCGAACGCUUCGCGGAAACUA